AUGGCUGGCCGUAGUCCUUGUUUUCCUUCUGAUAUUUGUAGUUCAGUUUUGAUUUUUCCGAGCUCAUUUCCCUUCACUCUGAAAGUGAACAAUAUAAUGUUGUGUUACUGUUUUAUGAGGACGGAACAAAUUUUGCUUGACUAACAAACAGAAGGUGAAAUAUAAGUAAAGUUUUCAUCUCUUCUCCGCGCCACGCGAGGAUUGCUUCCCUUUAAAGUGCACUCGAUAGCGCAUCGGUUGACACAGCUGCAGGUGAUCACCGUAGUCAGCAUCAAGGUUUUAUGCUUACAAGUAUAAUCAGUUUUGUUUCGUCAAAAGUUCAAUUUCAGCAAUAUAGCAGUCGGAAUUUCCGGACUGUGAAUAAUUUUUUUCAGCGUCAUCAGCUUGAAAUCAUUGAUAAUUUUGUUGCUGUGAAGCAUUGGAUGGAAUCGUAUGUGUUAUUAUGGAAGAGUUAUCAAUCGCAGAAGCAUCGAUUCCAUUUGAAAUAUGACCCAAGUCAUGAACCACAUUCUUAGGCAGUGCUUUACACGUGAGAUCAAACCUUUAAGCUGCUGAUUCUGGGGUUGCCACCUAGCAGUUUAUGCAUCUUGUACUGAGUUCUUAAGUUAACUUUUGAAGCAGAAGACAUUUUCCUCAUGGAUCAAAAUAGUAAAGACAGAGGACCGCCUCCAAAAAUAUUUACAGCAAGCGUAUUGGAACAAAAGGAUGAAAUUGAAGAGCGAUUAGAGAAAUGCAACUUUAUUUACAUGAACAUCAUUAAAGGUUUGUCCGACCGGGAAGCAAAUGAUACUCUUAUUGCAUAUAGCUCCAAAGGUAACCAGCAUCAUGACGAAAUUCAAAUGGGAAUGCUGUAUACCAUUUUGACAGACCCAAAAGCCACACCAAAGUGCUUUCGGGAUAUAAUGCUUGUGAGCAGAGACGGCUUGAGCUGUGUGCUUUCAAAGGCAUACCAACUUGUGUUUGACAAGUGGCCGAGAAUUUCAGAAACAUCACGAGCUCAGUUAGUGUGGCUGACACGAGAGAUGGUCAAAGACAGCAUGACGGGAGUCGACACACUUUGUUUAGGACUUCUGCGUCAGAUUAUUGGUGGUGAUAUAUCAGCAAAGAAUAUUUGGCUGGCUGAGAGUAUGCUUGAUAUUUUUGUUGAGAACAGACCUUGGUUGGACAAAGUCCCACAGCUAUUAGCCACCGUUGUUUACACUUACCUGCGGAUCAUUGUAGAUCAUGGAAGUUCAGCAUUCUUGAUGUUGCGACAAAGGGAGGUGGAACUCUGUGUUUCUUUGCUCAGAGAGAAGUGGGCAGAAUGCAUGCAGAUUGGGCGAGACUUGUUAAGAUUGCUUCAGAACGUUGCUAGGAUACCAGAGUUUGAAAAAUUGUGGCGGGACAUUUUUCUUAACCCCACAGCACUGUGUCCUAACUUCGCAGGCAUAAUGCAGCUGAUGCAGAUUAGAACAUCGCGGCGCUAUCUCAUUAGCCGUCUUACUCCAGACAUGGAGGGCAAACUCAUUUUUCUCAUAUCAAAAGUUAAAUUUGGGCAGCAAAAGCGGUAUCAGGACUGGUUUCAACGACAGUACCUGUCCACACCAGAGAGUCAGUCUCUUCGCUGCGAUUUAAUUCGUUACAUCUGUGCCGUCUUCCACCCGUCCAAUGACCUCUUGUGUUCUGACAUCAUUCCUCGCUGGGCAGUCAUUGGCUGGUUGCUCACCACCUGCACUAGUAAUGUGGCUGCCUCGGAUGCAAAGCUGGCACUUUUCUAUGAUUGGCUCGUAUUUGAGCCAGAGCGUGAUAGCAUCAUGAACAUUGAGCCAGCAAUACUGGUGAUGUUUCACUCAAUGAGACCACAUCCAGCCAUUACUGCCACUCUUCUAGAUUUCAUGUGUCGUAUCAUGAACAACUUUUGCCCUCAACAUGCAACUGCAGUGAAGCAGGGUGUAUACACAUCCUUGCGAACUAUCCUUGAUAAAAGAGUUAUUCCGUCUCUCUCGCCAUUAUUUGACAACCCAAAACUUGAUAAGGAACUGCGAAUUUUGCUGAGAGAAAAUUUUCCAGAAUUCUGCAGUCAGGAUGUGAAAGAAGAGCCUGGUGUUCGCGAAGGGGGAAUUGUUGACAACGGUAACAACCACAUCUCAGAUGGCAUUCUUUCUGAGGGUCGCUUCAGCGAUGAUGAGGAUGAUGACUCAAUGGGGAAGCGCUCUGAAGAGAUUGCUUUCCGUCCCAUUCCUGAAGCACCUGUGAUGCAGAAUGUGAACAUUACAGAACAUCUGGACCAGUUACCUCGUGACCUCAGGGAUCUUACUGUGGAGCUACAAAAUGAAACGAACCAGGAAGUCAUGUGUGAUCUGACUGACAGACUCAUGCAGCUUGUGAUACAAGAGGAUGAUUUUGACCAGGAAAUUUCUAGCAGCCUGGCAGUUUGCUUGUGCCACAUUCUUAGCAGUCAGUUUAACAAUAACCUCUUUCCCCAAGAGGUGGAUGAUGAAACAAUUGAAGAUUCAAUAGGAACGCCAGUGUUUGUCAUCUUUAGGUUUUUAAGUCAAAUGUCAGAAGAGGACCCAAGGCGACAGCCUUUGUUGCAGCUACUUGGUGAGAUGUAUCUGAGGCAGCCUCGUAUUGGCUAUCACCUUCUUUACUUUCUCAAAGUUAGUAAAGUCAGCGAUGAUAAGAUGGCGACAUACAAAGAUUUUUGCAAGAGCAUGGACAGCCGAGAUCUGAAAACUUGUCUUUUAGAGGAUCUGAGGUUAUGCCAGGAGGAUGAUGUACGGCUGUUUACAUACCUGAUUCCUGACAUGUAUACACAUUUUCCCACACUUGCAGUGGGCAACGCAGAACUUCUACACAUGAUUGUUGGCAGCAUAGAUGGAACACAGCUUCAAGAUUUGAUAUGCCAGAUUCUUCAGGGUCACCUUGUUAUGUUCAAAAAUAGAGAAACCUUUCUCAGCAUAUUAAAUGAGAGUCUUGAAUGGGAGUCUAUCGAACAGUACUUCCUCUGGCAACUCAUCAUGGCACACAACAUUCCAACAGAACAUAUCCUGCCAGUCUUGCCAAAACUUGAAUACUCUACAAAUGCAGAAGCACUUACUUGUUUGAUGGUCAUGCUCAAACAAGAAAGUCCAACUCCAGAACUUCUUCGUCCUGUGCUGUGCCGAGAGUGCAAGAAAAGCGACUACUUUGUGGUGUCUGUGCUUAAGUACUGGGCCCAGGAACAUGAAGAACGCUUGGCAGAACUCAUUAACAGCCAACUCACUCGAGUGAAUGGGGCCACACACCAGAAAAAACGACAAAAGCCAGGCACCAAGAAGGACCAGCCAUCAGUAGACCAGGUUCUUGCACAUCUUGAUCACAUGCGACAAGUAUGUCGCAACAUUUCCUUUCUCAACCAUGAGAGCGUGCAGCAUGCUUUGCAGCAAGUUCAAGCCACUGCAACUGAUAGUCUUAAGUCAAAAUACAGUGAUCUCUUAGCUCUGGCAGAAGAUAUUGAGGAUGUCAAAACCAUCCGUGUCUUACGUGGCCGUAAGAUGGCAAAUGCUAGUCCAAAAUCACAGAAAAAUCGGCGCACAGUGACGGAGGACAGCGAGAGUAAUUCUGACAGCAGUGAGGAUGAGGCACUCAAGCAGCCACCAAAGAAAAGAAAGAAAACCACACCAAAUUUGGAUGAAGACAGUGACUGAUGUGUUGCACUCUUAUCAGUAGUGUUGAGGUGGGCACUAGAACAGUUCUUUAUUUGGCCUUUAACAGAAGGUCAUAAAAUUUGCACACACCAUCAAAAUGAAACUGUAAACCUGGACAGGUUCAGCUCUUGAUGCACGAUGGACACAACAUUCAACAUGAAUGUUCUUUUAUGAAGAUGAGUGCAAAGGUGUUACCUGCACACUCUAAAGAGUCUAACCCAACCUCCAGGAUUCAGCAAGUGAAGGGUGUCAGUUUUGACAUGGGGAUGGUUGGGGGACAUGGUAGGAGAUGCCAUCAGGACAGCUGGGAAAAACCAGAAGGCUUUUCAUUUAACUUCCAUGUACUCCAGCGAUUUAUGCUGUGUCAAUGGCAUACGCAUGUUUUGCCUUCAUCUUGGUGUUGGUAUCACAGUGUCUUUGAAUCUGACAAACAGGAUUAUAAACGAAGAACAUACUGUCAGCUGGCAGCCUCCCAAAGAUUCUGUGAUUCAUGCCUAUGAUUUGAGGACUUGUUGCUCCAAGACUGAUACACCUGUGAAAAAGUAAAGUGUAAUUGCAGUAUGUGUGUUCUACAUGCAACAAUAAUCAGCAUCUUGCAACCAGCAGUGUUUGUGCUUUCACCGAGGUCAUCACAAUCCAUUCAUUCUGUUAGAAGCUAUGAAGUAUAUGCUUAUCAGUGCCUGUUCAAUGUGUACAAAAUCAAGGAUGUUGGAAAAGAAACAGCUUGCUCUUUUCCUUGUGUGUGAGUUUGUUUUAAACAGUUCAGCUUGCAGCAGUGUGUAAAUCCAGGCUUCUUAUAGUGUUAAUGUGGGUGGAGAGAUCUAGCUUCGAUGUUCAAGUGGAAGUAAUAAAGAUCAAAAUGAUGAUUCUUCCAAAUAACACUAUUCAGUUCUCCAUGUUGAUAGUCGAGGAAAAUAGUAGUUUGAUUCAACCAGCCAGUUGUGCACUUUGAAAAAAGAAAUUGUGAAAAGUUGCCAGACCAAGAAUGCGAGGUCUCUUAUGAUUGGAGCUGAGUAGAUGUUUCCCAUUCUGUAUGAGUUUCAUAGAAAUGACAAUGAACAGGAAUUAUUUUUUUGAAGUGUAUCUGUGCUGCAGCAGUCGUCACUGGUUAUGCAGUUUAUGAGUGUGUUAUCAUUCUUAAAAUAAAUUCAGAUCCCAGGAAGGCAAAGAAUUCUCAGUUUUUGUGGUCAUUAUCGUGUGAUGGAAUUAAAAACCAUUGUGAAUAGAGAAAACAGUAAACUUGCAUCAUAUGCACAGGUGCUGAUCUUAUAACUGUUACAGGUGAGGCUGUGGCCCAAGAUAAAAAUAGCUUUUGAUAUAAUUUACAAAAAGAUGAUACUUUUUUUUUAGGUGUGGAUGGACUAUUUGGUAUGCACGUCAAUGUGUUCUCAUGAUGGAGAUGUCUUGAUGGGUUAAUUGUGGUGUUAGCUUUGUAUGAAGAUGGAACAAAUUAUUACAGAAAAAAAGAUCUGCAGCAUACCUGGGAAAGGAGGGAGGAAACAAAGACAACAAAAAUGAAAGUAAAGACUUAAGAUCUGUUUAUUUUUUUUUUUUGUAGACAAUAAAUGAUGUGUGUGAGGUUGAAAUAAUUCACACUAUAUUUGAUAAAUAAAACACUCUGGUGUACAAUGUUUAACACAGAAUGUUAUGUGAAGAAUGUUAAUAAAGUAGAAAAUGAUUUCUUUUUUAAAACA